AUGGCGCAAGGAGACCAAGAAACCUCUGAGGACUUGCAGGAUUUGCUGGAUUUCUUCACGGAGCUCAUUUCAGGCCGCCAAGACACAGGUGACACUGAAGGGACACAAGAGCGAGUCUCAGAUGUCGAUAUCCAAGUCUUGUUUGCCAACCUGACCAUCCCCGAAGACUUUAUUGGAAAGCUGAAUACCGAUAUCUUGCUUUCCAGUCUCUUUCGUCCCAUCCUGGCCCAUUUUGGCAUUCCUGGCUACGAGCAGUAUAUUAUGCCUCCCAGAUUCAAGAACAGCUUUCCAGAUCCUGUUUCUCCGUUUGCCAGCCAGUGCCAACUCUGCGAUGGCGACUACGACAAGACCAAAUCCUUUGCCGACAUUUCCUGUCAGGCAUGGGAGAUAUUUGCGGGAUUCUCAGAGGGUUCGGAAUGUUCCAUAUUGCGAGGCGUUGCGGUCAAAUCGUGCGGAUGCAACAUGUGGCAACCCGACGAACCAGUGGUGUACCCACCCACGUGUGAGUUGUGCCAAGGCGAAAAGAGCCAUGAAGACAUGCAGACUUUCUUGACGACCUAUGUCAAUGCCAACCGGAUGCUACCCACCUUGUCCCAGAGGCUUUACUGCACAGAUAUCCUUCGACUUCUUGCCGUGGAUGGAGAGGACGUCACCUGUGCGAGCCUUUCGGAGUUUGGUGCUCAAUUCUGCGGAUGUUCCUAUGUAAUACCGCCCACUACCUUGAAGGAACAAGACAAAGAUCAGCAGGAAGAAGACAUUUGCACCCUUUGUCCCAAAGGAACGCUACCCAAAACACCUGAAAAGGUGGUCCUAUUGAGCUUUGACGGCAAUCGAGACAACGAUACUACCUGCGCAUCACUGCACAAUGAGUUCACGACACUGGAGGACCUGGACAGCUGCAGGGCUGGUCAUUUCCAAAUGUCCACUGCAGUGGGACACGACGUUCAAACCUUUUGUGGAUGCCCCAAACAUCCCGCACCCUGGGCGGGCCAAGAGGGAGAACUCGAGCCUGGUCCGUGCAGUCCUUGUCAACCAGGGUACAUGGUGCGAACGGACAACGCCGAAGCACUCUAUCAGUCCACCAUGAUUCAAAGGUCGGGGGCAAAGGAGCUGCCGCACGUGAAUUGUCAAGACUGGGCCAAGACCUUGGCGACACUCGAGGACGGCGAUGACCUCUGUAUUGCACUACAGGCCUCCGUCAUGCCAGGUUGUUGUGUACCGGAAGAGCCACAAGAACAGGAAGAGUUCCCCCCGACGACGAUUCAAGAAGUUCAGAGCGAAUCAGGUGGCCACACGUUGUUUUGGCGCCUCCAUGCGGGCGCAGCGAUUGCGUUAGUGUGGGCCGCCCAGUCGUACUGGUAA